AUGACAUGCGGAGAAAUAGUGCCAUAAGUUUGUAUGCCACGUCGUCGUGCUAAUUAGCCAGCUAACUCUGCUAGCGUCAGCGUGAAGCGCCAAAUUUGAAAUAAGAGCUAACCUCAACUUGGUUAUGAUAGCUAGCAAACUAUUCAGUGUUGCUGUUACUUGCAGGACAUAUUAAAUAUCUUUGCUCUCUGUUUAACUAUGAUGCGAAGACCCCGAGCAACAACAGCCAAAGAUGUAAACUACAGAUACACGGACACCGACCUGUCCUUUUCUCAGAUGGAGAGUAGUGAUGACGAUAAUGAGGAAUGGAGUCCAGCACAGCCAAAACCAAAAGCCAGCAAGACUGCCAGAGACCCUGCAGCAGGAGAGAAGAAAGCGCCUGCCAAGAGAACGGCUAAACCAAAAGAGCCAAAAGCCCCCAAACAACCUAAAGCUCCCAAAGUGCCUAAAGAGCCUAAGCCAAGAGCACCACGCAAACCUGCUGCUCAGCGGAAAACACUGGCCGCUAAAGUUCUGAAGGAUUCCAGUUCAUCUGGGUUGGCUGGAACAAAGAGGAAAAUGAAAGCUGAGGGCAAAAAUGAAGACAAAGUAGAAAAACAGACAGAUUGUCCAGAGCAACAGGGGGCCGAAGAGAGUGGGCCAGGUGUCAGAAUGAAGGAAGAGAGGGUGUCAUUUAUCGUGUCAGAAGCCCAUCAGGCUGACGGAUGGGCAGGCGAGGGGUCAUCACUAGCUGGUUUUAGAGCAAAAAAAGAGGAAGUGGAGGAGGAGGAUUUCACGUUUGAUGAACCCUGUCCAAAGAAACAGAAGACCAGUGGUGCCUGCCUGGGACAACCAUCUGCUUUACCAUCAUCACAAGCACAAGAUCUGAGGAAUGAACUCGAUAUGAACUGGGACUUGAUAGAGCUGCUGUCCAUCCUGACAUGUGUGGAGCGAUGGGUGUGUGUAAAUAUAAUUUCGCUGCUUCGUGAGGAGAACACGGUGCCGUUCAUGGUGCGUUACCGCAAAGAGAUGAUUAACCACAUGGACGCAGAUGCUGUCCGAGAUGUCCAGCUGGUAUAUGAGGAGUUACGCUCUCUAGCCAAGAAGACCCAGUCUGUGAUUCAGACACUUAGGAAGGAUGGGGUUUUGACAGCUGAGCUGGAGCAGAACCUGAGGAGCUGCCGAUCAGCUGAUGAACUGGAUCAUGUGUAUUCUCCCUAUAAGAAAGGCAGUAAGCUUACGAAGGCUCGCAGGGCCAAAGCACUCGGCCUUGAGGUGGCCGCCUCCACGCUGUUGGACACACCGCACACUCUCGAUUUAAGGGCAUGGGUAAAACCUGGUACUGAAGGUCUGUCAUCGGUGGAAGAAGUGGCUACAGGUGUGGAGCACAUCUUGGCUGAUAUGAUUGCCAAAGACCCUGAGACACUCACAUACGUGAAAACAUUGUGUGAGAACAGCUUUGUGACCAUCCAAUCCUCUGUGUCCAAGUCAGCACUAAAGGAAAGGGAACAGGAGAAGUCUCUCCAAGGCAACAAAAAACCGGGGCCCCAGCAAAACAAAAACAAGGACAUUGACAAAUUCCACCUCUACUUUGACUUCACCUGUAACAUCCAGCGCAUCCAGUCCCAUCAGACCCUGGCUAUUAACCGAGGGGAGAGUCUGAAGAUUUUGACAGUGAAGGUAAACAUUCCCGACAGGGUGAAGAGUGACUUCACCAGGUGGUGCAUCAACAACAGAUGGAGGCCAAGGACACUUGCAAGAGAAGAGCUUUGUGCAAUCAUCAGGAAUGCAGUAGAGGACUCUUAUAAAAGGCUUAUUCUGCCUUUCCUUACCAGGAGUUACAGGACUAAGCUGACAAGUGCAGCAGAGAAGGAGUCGAUCGCCAUGUUUGUACGAAACCUCCGACAGCGCCUGUUGGUGUGUCCAGUCAGGGGUUGUGUCAUCAUGGGGGUGGACCCUGGAUUUAGACAUGGCUGUAAGGUGGCAAUUCUCUCCCCCACUAGCCAGAUUCUCCAUACUGAUGUUGUGUACCUGCACAGUUCUGGCCAGCAAAGAGAAGCAGACAAACUGUGCAACCUUAUGAUCAAAUACAGCUGUACCAGGGUUGUCAUUGGCAACGGGACAGCAUGUCGUGAGACUGAGUCCUUCUUCACUGACCUCAUCUCUAGGCGCUAUUGUCACCCCCUGGACGUGUCCUACUGUAUAACCAAUGAGGCCGGGGCCUCCAUCUACAGUGUGAGUCCUGAGGCGGUCAAAGAGAUGCCAGACUUGGACCCCAACCUUAGGAGUGCAGUGUCCAUUGGAAGACGUGUCCAGGAUCCAAUGGCUGAGCUUGUGAAGAUUGAUCCUAAACACAUAGGCAUUGGAACAUACCAGCAUGAUGUGUCAGCCGGAUCUCUGAAGGCAGCACUGGACGGCGUGGUGCAGGAAUGUGUGAGCUUUGUAGGAGUGGACAUCAACAUCUGCUCCGAGACACUGAUGAGACAUGUCGCAGGCCUAAAUGCAGGCAGGGCGAAGAAUAUUGCAGAGUGGAGAGAGCUGAAUGGUCCCUUCAUCAACAGGGAGCAACUCAAACUGGUCAAAGGCAUGGGGCCCAAAACCUACCAGCAGUGUGCCGGCUUCAUUAGAAUCAACCCGCAAACCAGUGUCAAACCCUCACCUCACCCUGUGUCAGUAGUGCCAGAGAAACCAGCAGCUAAGAAGGGCAAAGGAAAGACUGGUGUCAACAUACCAACCUCAUUUAACCCCCUGGAUCAGACCUGUAUACACCCAGAGUCCUACCAUGUGGCACAGAGAUUUUUGUCCAUUGUGGGUGGAAGUGCAGACCAGAUUGGGAGUGCAGGCCUGCGACAGUGUGUGGAGAGCAAGGUUAGGACCAGCAGUAUCGAGGAACUGGCCAAGACAGUGGACACCACACCUGAGACCCUUAAACUCAUAAUAGAUGGCCUCACGCAGCCCCCCGGGUUUGACAUACGACAAAAUUUUGGGCAAGCCGACUUUAAGCGGGGCAUUGUGUCGAUGAGUGAUCUGCGGGUGGGUGCGGUGCUGACGGGCCGGGUGGACAACACAGCUCUGUUCGGGGCUUUUGUAGAUAUCGGUGUUGGCCGCUCAGGCCUUAUCCACAAGAGCAACAUCACCCUGGACAAACUGCCUGUCAGCCAGCGCCGCCGAAGCCUGGCUCUGGGCCCUGGGGAACGGGUGGAGGUCCGGGUCCUGAAUGUGGACCCUCAGAGGGGACGGAUUGGCCUGGACUUGAUCAGAGUCCUGCAGUAGAGCCACUUAGUUCCCACAUUUAACACACUACACGACUGGAUUUAUGAAUAUGGAAAUUACACACAAAACUACUGAGAUGCAAAUUACUUAAUGAUGGUUACAGUGAUUGUGGAGAACUGAUAUGGAACUAAGCAGAGCUGAAUAAGGAAUUUUAACAGGCAACCUGCUAAGAGUAUUUUUAGUAAUGGCCCUUUCAUUUGUGAUCACAAUCACACACAUAUAACCAAUGUUGGCAUUUUUUUUCAUUUAUGGUCAAAAGGGUCAAAUUAAAAGACUGCAUGUUAAUUUUAAAACAAUCCAAUUAAGAUCAGCUGUUAGAAGUUCAGUGAAAUAAAUCAAACUGAAGUUCAUUACAGUUAUGGUCAUGGAGGCUUUCUUUCCCUGGAAGACAUUUUGUCAGGCAGCACUUACUGUCAGCCUGAGUAUGUUCUCUGUGUAUCAUUGGAAGUGGUACAUUGCAAACCCGGUUGCCUAAUUCAAGGUAAAACUCUGCCUUCUUGUUUGUCAAUUAGCUAUCUGCACACACUGUUGUUUACCAAUCAUUAGAGGAGACUGAUGGGUUCACUGAGAUGGAACCCAUAAUUAUUUGCACUUUCACAAUAGUGCAGAUAGAUUCAAACUUAAGCUGCUAUUGUUUAUUUUCUCUAAAUAUAAUAAUAAUAAUAAUGAUGGUUAUUCACAUACUUAUUCACAUUCAACUCUUCAAGAGAUGUUUUGUUUUGUACUGCUCUGAACAAUUUGUCAAUACAGAUCUUUGUUAUUUAAAUCAGACUUUGUUUACUGUGUUUGGACAACCAACUAAAGGACUCAACGUGUAAUCUUUACACUCAUUUGAAAUUGUAACCACACACGGUUCUCAUGGGCAGAUGAAGUUUUGACAUUAAAAAUAUUUCCUGUA